UAAAAACAUAAAGACGCAAUUUUGUAAGAAGACUAAACACCCUCUUAACAGUCAUCUUUUAGACACUGAGUAACAAAUAACCAACGCAUUAAGUGGAAAAGACUCCACCUACGUUGAUAUGGAUGACAACGGCACCGACACCCACUCCACCGGAGUCGAGUCUCCGCUACUCAUCAACUUCGUUGACGGCGUUGUCGACUAUAGAGGACAUCCAGUUCUCAGAUCAAAAUCCGGUUGCUGGCGAUCGGCAUAUUUUAUCAUUGGCGUUGAAGUGGCAGAGAGAUUUGCGUACUAUGGCGUCAGUUCAAAUUUAAUCACAUACUUGACCGGUCCCUUGGGGCAAUCGACGGCCACCGCAGCCGAGAAUGUCAACACGUGGACUGGAACGGCGAGGCUUCUUCCUCUUCUUGGCGCUUUCAUUGCUGAUGCUUUUCUGGGUCGAUACCUAAUGAUUAUAAUUGCUUCUCUGCUUUAUGUUCUGGCGCUUGGGUUUCUGGCUCUUUCCACUUUUAUUCCUUCAAAACUGUGA